AUGAAGUAUAAAAACCUAGAUUUCGGUAAAUCUCUUGUUUAUUUGCCAAAAUCUACAGUGGAAAUAAUAAACAAUAAAUCAGUUACGUUUACUACUGGUGAUAUUAUAACCCUUAAAAUAAUCCUCCAUAAUGAAAGGGGUGACGUUUUAACUGAUGGUGGUGAUUUUAUAAAAAUUUGGAUGACUGAGAAAGGCGCAGGUUCAGUGGGAUAUGUCGUGGAUUAUGGCAAUGGUACAUAUAUUGGAGUGAUAAAGGCAUUAUGGAGCGGAUCUCCGCAUAUCAAAAUUUCUUUGUCAUUUCCAAAAGAAUCUAUUGGACUAUUUGUAAACUACAUGUAUAGGAAUGGAAUGUUGCGGACUUUAAAGGGAGUUUUUAAGAAUGCACGUGGAGAAACUGAUAAAACCAUAAACCACCCAGAGUACUCCUGUAGACAAAUAAAUCCUUCAGUCACAUGGAACAUCUCGUCCCCAGUUGGAUAUGUUUAUAAUAAAACAUGGCAUAAUCUCUUAUGCCAAAACACAGUUGAACCAAGUUAUAACAGGUAUUUAUCCUGUCUUAGGAACAGGGAGAUUUACAUGGUUGGAGAUUCUACAGUGCGACAAUGGCUUAGUUCAAUGGCUGAGAUUUUUAAUCUUGCACUCUCGGUUAAACGGACAUCAGCUGCUCUACGAGGCUAUCAUCAUUUAAUCAAAGCUUGUAGUCUUGUUCCAUUGUCAGUUUAUGAAGAACAUGUAAUGAACGCUAAAGAUUCUAUAGUUAAAUUCUUGGAUCGUGUGCCUGGCGCAAAAAUAUUCAUUAAAGGCCCACAUAGCUUAGAAUAUAAUAACGGUGUUCCAUAUGAUUUUGUCAGAUAUUUGCAGGAUAAAAUUAUAUUCAAGAUUUUCGAUAAUAUUAAACAUAAGGUUGUGUAUUUAAACGAAUGGGAUAUGACAGUUGCUUCCGAAAGUAAAGCUAUACAUCCUUCGAAUGAUUUAAUACAUCAAAUGGUACAGGAUUUACUGUCUUAUAUUUGUUAA